UCUCUAAGAAGGGCGUGUCUUUAAGUUACAUUACAAUACAGUACAUUGCAUCACAAGCAAAGUCCUUCACAUUACCUGAUGUGAAAUGUUUAUACAUAGCACAUUUGCUCAGGUGUACAGUUGUAACAACCACGAUCGCCAGCAGAUCAUGAACUUGCUUUGGUUAUCAACGCUAAUUUUGCAAAUACACCGCGGACUGCCUGUGACUCACUCGCUCAAGUAUUUCCAUACUGCGUCCUCUAAAGUUGCAAACUUCCCAGAUUAUGUGGGCCUGGCUUAUAUUGAUGACAUUCAGAUCGGUCACUAUGACAGCAACACAAAGAAAGCAGAAGCCAAAGAAGAAUGGAUGAAGAACUUUACAACGGUGGAUCCAGAGCACUUUAGGUUGCUUACACAUUUAGGUAUUCAGGCUGAAGUGAAGGACAAAGAGGACUUGGAAAGUUUACAGAAGCGCUUCAACCACACUGAAGGGAGGGACAUUGUACAGUGUGGCACUGCAGGUCUUCACAUUUACCAGAGGAUGUAUGGCUGUGAAUGGGAUGAUGAGACUGAGAAAAUCAAGGGUUGGGAACAGUCCAGUUAUGACGGAGAAGAUUUUUUAGCGUUAGACACCAAGACAUGGACAUGGACUGCAGCAAAACCACAAGCAGUCUCCAUCAAACACACGCUGGACCACGAUCGAGAUCUUAUGGACCACUUAAAGUUUUACUACACAGGUAUCUGUGUUCAUAACUUGAAACAGUAUCUGAACUUUGGUAGAGACGUACUAAUGAGAACAGACCUUCCAGAAGUGUUUCUCCUCCAGAAGACACCGUCCUCUCCGGUCAGCUGCUUCGCGACAGGUUUCUACCCCAGCAGUGCAACACUGUUUUGGAGGAAAAAUGGCAAGGAUCUCCGCGAGAACGUGGGGCACGGAGAAAUCCUGCCAAACCCUGAUGGAACCUUCCAGAUGACGGUGGAUCUGAAAGUGGAGGUGACGGCUGAAGUGGAGGGCAAGUACGAAUGUGUGUUUCAGCUGUCUGGUGUCAAAGAGGACCUGGUCACCAAGCUGGAGAGAAGAAGCAUUCUGAGCAACGCAAGCGAUGAAGACAACGUGAGGGUUGCCGCCUGUGCCACAUCGUCGGUCUUAAUUGCCGUGAUCCUCGCUAUCAUUGUCAUUGUCGUAGUUGCCAUACGUCACAAGAACAAAAAAGCCAACUAUGAUCCAGCUGCUGAUGAAGAUGGUACCUAGUGCUCAGAGAACUCUACGGAUGAAAGCAGUCGGAACACACUAACACUUCCACUUGGAUUCUUUGUGCUGUCAUGCUUUUCCUCCAGGAUCUUUUGUGCACUGGGACAGAUAGCGACUACUGAGGAGCGUGGUCACACUUGAAGACGAGAAGGAGAUGUGUUUUGCUCAUCAUCAAACUGCUCCUCGUGUUUAACAGUCUCUCUUUUUCUUAAUGUUUAUGUCUUAGAAAACUAGUUACGGUCAAAUGUUUUUGCCCCCUAUGGUUGGAUCACUUGCACUGUAACACUAUGAUACUUGUAAUUAUGUAUUUAAUUUUUGUACACAUCUGUCUAAUUCAUUGGCCUAACACUAUGCACCUCCCAAACACUAGGGGGCGAUUGUGGACAUUUGUCCUUUGUCAACCAAGAAGGAAAUGCUACAUGCUAACAGCAGUAACUGGUAGAAAAUGGGUCAAAUUGAUAACAUAACAUUCUACAGCUCCUACAUACAGACAGUAACUUAAAAACGGAACAACUUUAUUAUUUAUUACCAACGGUAAAGCCAGGAUGCAUCAUUGUGAGUUGUACUCUCACAUAGGAUUGCCAGAUCUUUCUCCUUGAAAUAUGAGGCAUUGGUACACUUUUAUCUACAAAGCAUUAAUUGGGCUAAUGCCCUCUUACAUUUGCAAGAUAACAGCACACAGAAAUAUAAACUUGUAGGGCUGUGAAUCUUUGGCACCACACGAUUCGAUUCAGAAUUGAUUCUCGAUUUAAAAUGUUUCUCAAUUCAAAACCAAUACUUUUUUAAUAACAUUAGAUGCCGGAUCUAUGAUUAACUAGAUUCCUCCAUAAAAUAAACAGUUAUGAACAAUUUAUAUAUUACAUUAAAUACAUUAGUUUUUGUUUAAUAUAAUUAUACCUAAACAUUUAAUACAGUCAAAUACAAAUAAAGUAAGAUGAGUAUCCCACACUUUUCUAAAGUAAAUCUGUACAGUAGAUAUGAUCAUCUACAUCAACAACAUGAUUUGUUUGAGUGGCUGGACAGAACAGAUUGAAAACCAUUAUAAAAAUUUAAAUCCAUUUUUGAUGUUUUUGAAUCGAUUAAGAAUCGUUACAAAUAUCAAAUGCGAUUAAUCUGAAAAUGGAAAAAAAUGUCAGGGUUUUUGCGGGUGAGUAUUAAAAUUCACUGAAUGGAUUUGCUAUAACUGAGGCCUUAAAUGGCAUCAAAAAGCAUUACAUUUGAUAUCCAAAAGCAUUACUAAACAUUUAAUUUGGUAAAAUAACAAAUGCUUUUAGCUAAUCUCAAGUCGGCGAUUAAAGGCAGGCAGCAAUUAACGUUUGUUAACGGCGUGACCCACAAAGUAAACUUUACUGUCACCACCACAACUGGCAGCUGCUGCUACCACUACAGAAAAAUAUAUUCCCAGUUUAAACAAUCUUGUGAGUCAAUUUUAAUUCAAUACAGAGUAACAGUUAAUAUAAACUGUUCAACUAUUCAAAAUUAAUAGACAAAAGACACACUUUAUUAAUCCCCGAGGGGAAAUUAAAAAUAUUGUCAAAUGCUUAGAAUUGUGUCCUUAUAGACAAUAGUGCUUUUUCGAUUAUAUAAAAUAACUACCUACAAUAGGACACGGGAAUUAAAUGUGUUUUAAGUGGCAUCAAAAUAGUAUUAAAUUAGAUCUGCUGAUACCUGCAGAAACCCUGUAUGAAACCCAGAGAGGAAACCUCAUUUAUUUGCACUUGUUAGGUGACGAGCAGCAAAAGCGUUUAAAGACCUAUUUUAAACGUUGUAAUUAUUAUUAUUAUUGCUGAUCCUGACCUAUUGUAUUGUUCCAUUUAUUAUUAAUGCUGUUUGUGACCUAUUGGAAUUGUUCCAUUUAUCAUUAUUUUCCCAGUUAUUUUUAAAAUGUUCAUUUCAAAAUUAUACUCAAUGUUUUUAAAUGCUUACACCAAGAAGCCCUGCCCUAUCUUAUUGAGUUGCUGCAGCCUUUUUGUCCCAGCAGGACUCUGAGGUCUUGAGACCAGCUCCUCCCGGCUGUCCCAAUGACUAGGCUUAAAACCAUAGGAGAUAGAGCCUUUCAGUGGCAGGACCCAGACUGUGGAACAACCUUCCACUAUCUAUUAGGUACUCCCAGUCUCUGAGACAAUUUGAAUCUAGGCUAAAAACUAUUUUUUACUCCAUGACGUUCAAAUCCAGUUAGACAGGAUUUCUUGGUUUGUUUUUAUUUCUUGUUUUAUACAAUUAUUAUUUAUUGCUUAGUGGUAUUUUAGGUGAUUCUGCACUUCUUUUAAGGUAAUGUUUACUAUUGUGAUGUAUUCAUCCUUCCAUGUUACAAUUUAAAUGUGACACUAUGUGCCCCUUUUUUUUGUUGCAAAUUGUUUCUUAUGUCUGUACAACAUUUUGGUCAACUGUGCUUGUUUUUAAAUGUGUUAUUUAAAAAAAUAAACUGAACUGAACAAAGUGA